AAAAACAAAUUUCCUCUGAAAGUGAAACCAGCAAGUGGCGGGCGUAACUACAUACAAGAAAAUAACUUCUACAACUUAAGGCCUAAUUUGUGAUUUGUUUCGCUCUCAAAAAGUAUUUAGUUUUACGCCUUUUCGUUUCUGGGACGUAAAGUGACAGCGCAACAACCUGUAGAGAGCAGUGAUCUGAGCACCGGGCCUGUGCAGGUGGUGGUGGCUCCGUGAUGGAUAGGCAGAAGCUGUCUCGCAUAGAUGAGGGGCUGGAUUCCUCUGAGGUCGCAGCUCUCUGCUUCUUGUGUCGGGAUGUUGUCAACAAGAAGCGCCUGGAGGGGAUCGUGGAUGCAAAAAAGCUGUUCUUGAGAUUAGAAGAAAAAGGUCUGCUGGAGAACUAUUUCUUCCUUCAUCAGCUGCUCCAAACUAUCCGUCGAGCGGAUCUCCUCAAUCUCCUGGAGACGGACAGCAGAAGAGCAGAAGAAUGCGAUGCUUAUCCCGUGCUGUCAGAAUACAGGGUGAUGCUGUACAAAGUCUACGAGGACAUGACUGAUGAGAAUCUCGAAAAGUUGAAGUUUCUUUUGAGCAGCAAACUGGGCAGAAGACACAUCGAGACAUGCAAAACCUCACUGGAUGUGUUUGCUGAAAUGGAAAGGACUAACUUAAUCUCAAAUACAAAUCUGAAUGAGCUGCAUACAGUAAUGCUGGAGUUGGACCAACAACUGGCAUCGACUAUAGCGCGGUACAUGGAAGGAAUAGACCAGCCUCAUCACACUGCACAACCUUCUCAUUUCAGCAUGGAUUACCAGAGCGUCAACAACCCCUCUCAGCCAACACCACCUACUGAUGUGUCGAUAUCUGAGACUCAGCCCAGCUAUGAAGGACCGAGUCUUUGCCCCGAUGCAGAAUCAAGCACGGAGUCCUCCUCUCUUCCUGACACAGAGUACUACGCCCUGAUUCACAACCCACGUGGUUUGUGUGUGGUCAUCAGUAAUGAGGACUUCCUGGGAACAGAGCUGAGAAAAAGAAGUGGGACUAAGGAAGAUGAGAAGUCUCUGCACACAGUGUUCACCAAGCUUGGCUUUACUGUGGUGAUACACAACAACUUGACUGCAGAGGACAUGCGACUUGAACUAAAGAAUCUGGGCUCAAGGAAUUUUUCGAAUGACGAUGCCUUGGUGGUGUGCGUGCUUUCCCAUGGAGAAAAGGGAUGUGUCUAUGGGACUGACGCGGAGCAGGUGUCCUUGCAAGAACUGUCUCGGCCCUUCAGCAGCGGGAGAGCUCCCACCUUGGCAGGGAAGCCCAAACUGUUGUUCAUCCAGGCGUGUCAGGGAAGCGGCUACCAGAAAGGAUCCAUGCCGUGUGCCCCGAAGCCAAAACAUGAGAUGGGGGACAGACAGAGCCGCCUAGAGGAAGACGCCGGCCCUUUGCACGUCGAGACGGUGCCUUGGGACGCCGACUUCCUGUUGGGCAUGGCCACUGUGCAAGAGUGCAAGUCAUUCCGAAACACUUCCACAGGCUCCAUCUACAUCCAGCAGCUGUGCUUGCAGCUGAUGCGCUACGCAAAUAGCGUGGAGAAUGAUGAUAUACUCGCUGUGCUGACACGUGUGAACAGGGAAGUCGGCAAAGGAGUAUAUUUAUACUACAAACAAAUGCCAGAGCCCAAGUACACCCUCACCAAGAAGCUUGUCCUCAAAUGUGUGUAAGCGGACCGGGACCAAGUGCAACGCUAAAGAUGUGCCAAGCUUUCAUAUAGCCGACGGGUUUACAGUGUGUAUGACUGUGUUGUGUCUGUGGUUUUGUGUGUUUUUAAUCUCGCAGUACAGCUUGUUGGAUGAAUUUAAAUGUGUGUAGUUACCUCGAGAAUCUGAUGUCUAUCUUGAGAACAAAAAAGCCUUAUGUCAUAUGAAAAGUAUUUUUGGAAUGUUUGAUGAUUCGCAUGUGAUCUAGGAAAAAUAAACAAUAAGAUGUGAUUUGUUAAGUUUCUUUGUGUCACAGUAUUACAGAUCACAGAAAAGCAGCCAGUUGUCUUUUAAACUAUGUUAACACACUGAAAUCAAUUUACAGUCAACAUAAUAGUUCUUAAUGUUAUGUACUGGUCAUUUAACCCUUUCAUGCAUGAUCUGUUUACCAAGUGUUUUUAUUGCUCUUUAUAAAAUAAAAAGCAAAGAGAUUUG